UAGAUAAUCUUAUGGUAUUACUAUUUACUACACAGUUACAAAAUGUUGGAUAACAUUGAACAAAAAAGGAGAAUGGAUAUUUCUAAGUCUAUGGGGAAAGUUGCCAAAAUAUAUGACAAGGGUAAAAAAAAAAACAACAACAGACUAAAAAAUGACAAAUUAACAGCUGACUGAGCGUCAAAAGCUCCAAGACAAAAAAUAAAGCCAGUUCUACUUUUAAUAUUAUGGGUGACGAAAACGUAAAUUCUCGUAAAAAAUGUGAUACAAAUAAAUAUGAAGUAAUAAUAAUCGGGGGCGGUAUAGCUGGACUAGCCGCCGCCAAUCAUUUUGUGAAAAAUGGCAUGGACGACUUCAUAAUAUUAGAAGCUAGAAAACGUAUCGGCGGUAGAAUUAUAUCAAUACCGUUGAAAAAUCAUAGUGUAGAAUUAGGAGCCAAUUAUAUACACGGCGUCCUAGGCAACCCUAUAUUUGAAAUAGCGACAGGGAAUGGUCUCGUAAAUAUAAUAAAUAUACCUAAGCCUCACAAGGUUAUAGCAGCCACUGAAGAUGGUAAGCAAGUGCCUUUUGGAGUUUUACACGAAAUACAUGAAGCGUACGUCUGUUUCCUCAGGCGGUGUGAAGAGUAUUAUUUGUGUCAAUACCUUCCACCUCCAGAUAUUCACAGUGUUGGUGAACAUAUAAAUCUGGAAGCUACUAUUUAUCUUGAAAGAUUACCAAACUCUGAGGAAAAGAAACUGAGACGAUUGAUAUUUGAUUGCCUGUUAAAACGUGAAACAUGUAUAUCUGGUUGUAAUACUAUGGAUGAUAUUGAUCUUUUGGAAUUAGGCAGCUAUACCGAACUACAGGGUGGUAAUAUAGUCAUACCUGCAGGAUUUAGUUCAAUUUUGGAGCCUGUCACAAAAAAUAUAUCACCUGAUAAGAUACUAAGAAACCAACCUGUUACAAAAAUCAAAUGGGACUCAGAGCAGCAUAGUAAUUUGAGUAAGUUUGAUGAGGUUGGGGAGGAAUCAGAAGAUUCAGACCAAACUGUGAUAGAAGAUAUUUCUAAAGCGUCUCCUGAGAAGGCAGGUGAUACCGGCGAAGGUCAUGUAACAGCUACAGAAAAAUUAAGUAAAAAGUUGUUGCAUUGUGUGGAAGUUGUGUGUGAAAAUGGACAAAGUUAUUUUGCAAAUCAUGUGAUAUGUACUAUUCCUUUGGGUGUCUUAAAGGAUAAAGUGGAUACUUUGUUUGAGCCAGCAUUGCCACAGUAUAAGUUAGAAUCAAUUGAGCGACUUUUAUUUAAUGCAGUUGAUAAAAUUUUUUUAGAAUAUGAGAGGCCAUUCUUAAAUCCUGAUAUAACUGAGAUAAUGCUGCUUUGGGAUAGCCCGCAGGCUCAAGAAGAUGUUUCAAAAUCAUGGUUUAAAAAGAUUUAUUCCUUUGUUAAGGUUACAGAGACUCUGUUGCUAGGCUGGGUGUCUGGAAAGGAAGCAGAGUAUAUGGAAACAUUGUCAAUGGAAGAAGUUGGUUCCACAUGCACUAAACUUUUGCGUAAAUUUUUAAAUGAUCCUUUCGUUCCAGAACCACAAACAUGUGUAUGUACAAGUUGGAAAAAGCAGCCAUUCACAAGGGGUGCAUACACAGCUAUAGCUGUUGGAGCAAGUCAAAGUGAUAUUGAAAGCUUAGCACAACCUUUAUUUAGAAAUGUGCAUGAUAAAAAGCCUGUUUUGCUCUUUGCGGGAGAGCACACUCACAGCAGUUUUUACUCCACUGUGCACGGCGCCUACCUCUCCGGUCAAGCAGCUUCCAGGCGAUUGCUGACUCCAGAAGUUGCCAAUGAAAAUGUACUGGAUGGUCCUGAGUCUAAUGAUCUAAAUAAUUGGAUCCAAAGUGUACAGCUAGACGGCUAACAGAGUAUGAGUAUGUAACUUUGUAACCCAGAUUGUAAGUGCUAACAUGACACAGGCUUUUGCCUAUUAAAAGACACGAAUUUGAUUAACAAGUGUAGCUUAUUACUUGUAUUGUAACUGCUAUUUACUUGAAGAGAGGCUUAUUUUAUUCAGAUCAUUUUAGAACUACUACAAACAUUGAGAUUAAGUAGAAAUUAUUCCUACUUAUAUUCUUUAAAACUGUAAUAUUCAUUAAUUCAUACAUAAUUUAUUUUUAAAGUAGUUAU